GUAAUACCUACGUGUUGACCAACCUCGUGGUCGUCGACGUUUUUUUUUUCGUUCGAUCUAUGCUUAGACUUUAGAAAGAUUCUAGUUUCUAUUUUUUCGGUGUAAUGUGAUUUGAUUCCCAAACGUGAUCGGAAGUUCAAUGCUGUUACGGUUGUUGAAACAGCAUCGGACAAUUACGCGUGUGUUGUACACGUGAAUGAGAAGGUGUAAUUCUUUAAAACUAUAAGAACUUAUUAUUGUGCGGCAGUGUCAUUACCCCGUCAUGGUGCUUCCUAGUGAGUUUAUUUGUACCAGCUUCAACGGCACCGAGCGGAAAAAGUGAAAAAUCCAUCCCGACUAUAGUGCAAUGACGGUAUCGUAGUUACAACAGCAGUCACAGCAGCAGCAUCAUCAUCUGUAAGAACUCCGCGGCGCGUUGGCUGAUAUGAAUCAUCUUCAUCGUGCUCCUUUUUGACUGGGCCCAAUGCGUGCAAGGGACUGAUGAAGUGAAAGGAAUAAGUCUAUAAAUACAACAUUGUUCGUGCCCUUCCGGAACUAGUCCGGAAGAUUCGGUCGUUGAAAGAGCAAGCCUACGAGCUUUCGUUGUUCAAGACUGCGAUGUCCGCGAAUUAUUGUGAAUCGAACAAAACCGGUGGUGGCUAUGAUGGCGGUUAUAUUUCGGUGCCGGAGUUUUACGCCGGGGCCGAUGUGUUCCUCACCGGGGGGACCGGCUUCAUGGGGAAAGUGCUGAUCGAGAAGCUGUUGAGGUCCUGCCCGGACGUUGGUCGUGUGUAUGUUCUGAUGCGGUGCAAACAAGGCAAAACGCCCGAAACCCGCGUGCGAGAUUUAACCGAUAAUCCACUGUUCGAAACGCUGAAGAAAAAUAAUCCAAAAGCGCUGGCCAAAUUGAUGCCAAUAUUUGGCGACUGUAUGCAAUUGCGGCUGGGAAUGUCCGACGACGAUAUUGACCAGUUGCAAAAUGUGUCGGUUGUGUUCCAUUUGGCCGCCAGCGUGAGAUUCAAUGAUCCCCUGAAGGAUGCCAUCCUGACCAACGUGCUGUCGACGAGGGAGAUUUUCGAGAUUUGCAAAGGAUUGCCUCUGUUGAAGGCGGUGGUGCACGUGUCGACGGCCUACAGCAAUCCGGAACAGAUGCACGUGGAAGAAAGGUUAUACCCCCCGAAAGCCGACUGGAGAAAGAUGCUAGAAUGCGCUCUACAGUUCGACCAUCAGGUCCUUAAUAUUUUAACAGAUAUGAUCACAAACUGCGCUCCCAACACGUACACCUUCACCAAAGGCCUCGCAGAACAGAUCUGUAUAGACUACCAGGACCAGCUCCCGUUGGUCAUCUUCCGUCCCUCGGUGGUGAUCAACACCAUCGACGAGCCCCUGGUCGGUUGGAUAGACAACAUGAACGGACCGUCGGGCAUGCUGCUCGGAGUGGGAACGGGAAUCGUCCGAACCGAUCUGCUGCCAGUGGACAAUCGCAUCAAUGCCAUUCCGGCGGACAUCUCCAUCAAGGCCCUGCUGAUGGCCGCCUGGCAGCGCGGAACCAAAGAGCGAACCCUACGGCAGGACUAUCUUCCGGUGUACAACAGCGCUGCCGAGUACGAACACUCGUGGCAGUACAAGAAGAUGCUGGAGUGCGGAAAGGAGAACAUGACUCGGUUGUCGUUCACGAAGUUGCUGUGGGUUCCAGGAGGAUCUACGACAACGUGGCGAUUGAAGUACUACAUCAUGGUGCUUUUGGUGCACAUACUGCCGGCACUGCUGGUGGAUGCGCUGUGUUUGCUGAACGGCAAGAAACCAUUUUUAAUGAAAAUUCAAAGGAAAGUGUUUCUGGCGCAGACAUCUCUGCGAUACUUCGUGAAUAAUCAAUGGAUUUUUGACACCAAACGGUUUCGAUCACUUCGGGACGAACUGCAGGGUGACGACAUCGAAACCUUCAACUGGCACCUGUCCGCGGAAAAAGUCGAUCAGUUCUACUUCGACUGCUGGCUGGGCGUCCGGCGGUACCUGUUGAACGAUCCGGAUGAAACGCUUCCCAAGGCGGCCAGGAAGAUGAACCGCCUGAUCCUGUUCGAUCGGAUACUGAAAGCCGGAUUAAUGUUGCUGGUGGUGUAUCUAAUUUGGAAGAGCUCAAUUUUCCACAACUUGGAAAUGAAACUGGUGAGGCACUAUCGAUGAAAAUCGAAGGGUUGUGAGCGGGUCAAUAAAAUUAUGCAGGAGUAUACUAUUUUCAA